GUUGAACAUCCAACGCAACAUCGUAGGCGCAGCAGAAGAAGAACUGCACAAACUGAGUGAGGAGCGCAAAGUGCUUUCAAUCCAGCUAACAUCAUGAGCAACACACCGGGAGAUUUAUUGAAAGAGAAGCUCGAUCAGCUGCAGUGUCACUUCACAUGGAGGCCACAGAAGGAAACUGUUGAUGUGGAAGAUGUGAAGCUCAAAUUGCAAGAUUCUAUCAAUAUGAAUAUGAAGUAUAAAGCGCAAUCCUACAACCAACUUGCUUUUUUAAACUCUCUGCAGGGCAAUUAUGAGGAAGCAAUUCAAAAUUUAAAGGAGGCUGAAAAGAUUCUGAUGGAGAACCACAAAGAUGAAUAUGAAAGAAGAAGCAUCAUCACCUAUGGAAACUUUGCCUGGGUGCAUUACCACAUGGGACAGCUGACCGAGGCCCAGUCCUAUCUCGACAAGCUGGAGAUGAUCUGUAAACUGCUCAGUGAUGGCCCUCGCUAUACAGCAAUGAUACCCGAGGUGUACGGGGAGAAGGGAUGGUCAUUGUUGGGUUCUGCUGGUGAAUACUAUGAGGAGGCAAAGGAAUGCUUUGCAAAGGCUCUGGAGCAAGAUCCUGACAACACUGAGUGGAUAAUGGGAUAUGCAACCGCACUUUCUCGUCUGGAAUCACUUUCUGGAACCCCAGAGAGUCGUGAUCAGAGUCGGUCAGUGAAGUAUUUCCGACGAGUACUGGAGCUUGAUCCAGAUGAUGCUGUGGCCAUGGUGCUGUUGGCUCUAAAACUGCAGAGGUUAGGGCAAAAUGAGGAAGCAAAUGUAUUAGUUGAACAAGCAUUGCAGAGGAACUCUAAUCUUCCAUAUGUGCUUCGCUAUGCUGCAAAAUAUUAUAGAAAAAAGAGUUCUGUGGCGAAAGCAAUCAAGCUCUUGAAACAAGCAUUAGAAUUAACUCCACACUCUGGUUUCUUACACCACCAACUUGGAUUGUGCUACAGAAGUAAGCUGAACUACACUCGUUGCAGAUAUCCUCGCAAUCCUGAAUUUCAGCAGAACCCAGUGAUGAUCAAUCUGUGCAAGUAUCAUCUUGAAAAGGCUUUUGAUCACCGUCGAAGGUCAUUUAUUAAAGCACAACUGGACUUUGCAGACAUCUGCAGAACAAAUGGGGAAUAUUCCAGAGCAGAGGAGACUUACCGUAGAUUGGUGGAGUUAGUGGACAUUCGUCCAGAGAAUAUGCAGAGCAUUUGCCUGGAAGCUGGGUUAUUUGAACUGUACCAGAAAAAAUCUGAAACAAAUGCUGUUCGCCUCUUCCUGAAAGGAGUGAAAAUUGAAUAUAACUCAGAAGAACGGGAAAAAUGUCGCAUGAAUCUGGAGAAGUGGGCAGGUAGUAAACUUAGAGUUAAUGCAAAUGACAGCAAGGCUCUUGGUGUCAAAGCAUUUCUGUAUCAGUUGGAUGGGAACACGGAUAAAGCGACUGAAUACUUUGAGAAGGCCUUGGAGUUUGAUCCUGGCAAUGAGGAAUAUGUGAGUGCUCUUUCUCAAUUACACAUCUGAGCACCACUGGUUUCUUUAAAAGAUAUAUUUUCAUCUGAUCUCAGGAUAGGUUUAGUGGGCUGUUGCUUUAAUAUUAUUGUGUUUCUUUUAAAAAUAUUAUUUCCUCAAGUACCCUGAGCAAACCAAAUUCAAUUGUGCUUCUCUGGACUCUGGAAAGAUGGGAUUUGGGAAACUGCAGCAAGUGGUGUCAAAUGAGAAAUCAAGCAUUUUUCCUCAUUGGUUUGUUUGACCUAUUAACCAUUGAAUGUAUUUUCAUUUUCACGU